CUGCGGCGUGGCGCCGGGGGCCGGCUGGGGAGGGCCGGGACCGGCCGGGAGGAGCCGUCCUGCUGCCCGGCAAGGUCCAUCCUGCUUCCCGACGGGAGCCUCCCCCUGCCCGGCAGGGGCUUCCUGCCUCCUGCCCGACGGGAGCCUGCUCCUGGCCGUCAGGGACCUCCCGCUGCCCGUCGGCCCCGCCGCGCUCCCCCGGCCUGCUGUCCCGAGGCCCCCAGCGCCCCCAUUUCCAAGCCCGGUUUCCAAAACGCCUCCCGCAACUGGCCGGGCCCAGGCGUGUCGCGGUUAGUGAAUAAUCUGUGCACACAGUAAUAGGCCAUCCUGGAUGUUCUGGAGAGGGGCACGAAAGUCCAUAAUUGCAUGAUUCUUCUGGUAUAGCAAAAGAGGUGCCGGAAGCACUUGGAUGAUUGGAAUUGAAGAUAUUUUGUUUGUACUGUUACACUGAGUCAGAAGAAAUAAGCACAAGACAUUUCUGUAGUUCAGUUAAAGGAUCUGUCAUACUGACCUCUGAAUAACUGAGAAGCCUCUUCAGUGUGGAAUUGAACUAGACAUUUGACAGUUGUAUUGAAUAAAAAUUGAGACAAAAAUGUCCUUCAUAGAUCCUUAUCAACACAUCGUGGUGGAACACCAGUAUUCUCAUAUAUUCACUGUGACAGUAAGGAAAGCCACAAAUGUCACAAAAGGAGCCAUUGGUGACAUGCUUGACACUCCAGACCCCUAUGUGGAGCUCUUCAUCCCCUCUGCCCCUGACUGCAGGAAGAGAACUAAACAUUUCAAUAAUGACAUCAAUCCCGUGUGGAACGAGACUUUUGAGUUCAUUCUGGAUCCCAACCAAGAGAAUGUUCUUGAGGUUACUUUGAUGGAUGCCAACUAUGUGAUGGAUGAGACUCUUGGCACAUCCACAUUUCCUAUAUCCUCUCUGAAACUGGGAGAGAAGAAGGAGGUCCAGUUAACUUUCAACAAUGUCACAGAAAUGACUUUGGAGUUGUCUCUUGAAGUGUGCUCUUCAACAGAUCUCCGAUUCAGUAUGGCUUUGUGUGAUGAGGAGAAGAAAUUCCGGCAGCAACGAAAAGAUAAUAUCAUGCAUAGCAUGAAGUCAUUUCUAGGAGAAGAAAACAGCAAGAACUUGACCACUUCCCGUGAUGUACCAGUGAUAGCAGUAUUGGGUUCAGGAGGUGGAUUUCGUGCCAUGGUAGGGUUUGCUGGAGUUAUGAAAGCACUUUAUGAAUCAGGAGUUUUAGACUGUGCAACUUACAUUGCUGGCCUCUCUGGAUCCACAUGGUACAUGUCAACUUUGUAUUCACAUCCGGAUUUUCCAGAAAAAGGACCAAAGGAGAUUAAUCAAGAAUUGAUGAACUCUGUGAGUCACAACCCACUUCUGCUGCUCACUCCUCAGAAAGUCAAACGCUACAUUGAAGCACUGUGGAAUAAAAAAAGCUCAGGACAGCCUGUCACAUUCACAGAUAUCUUCGGAAUGCUAAUAGGUGAAACACUUAUCCAUAAUAGAAUGGACACCACUCUGAGUAACAUGAAGGAGAAAAUCAAUAAAGCACAGUGUGCUCUCCCACUCUUUACAUGUCUCCAUGUCAAACCAGAUGUCUCAGAGCUUAUGUUUGCAGACUGGGUGGAAUUCAGUCCAUAUGAGAUUGGUAUGGCAAAGUAUGGCACUUUUAUGUCUCCUGAUUUGUUUGGAAGCAAGUUUUUUAUGGGGACAGUGGUGAAGAAGUACAAUGAAAAUCCUUUGCAUUUCUUAAUGGGUGUCUGGGGCAGUGCAUUUUCUAUAUUAUUUAACAGAGUGCUCGGUGUCUCCAAUUCCCAAAAUAAAGGUCCCACCAUGGAAGAAGAAUUAGAAAAUAUUAGACUAAAGCACCUUGUAAGUAAUGACAGUUCAGACAGUGAAGAUGAAUCACAGCAUCCAAAAGGCACUGAGAAUUCUGAGGCAAACCAAGAAUAUCAGAACAGCAGCCAAGAAAGCUGGGUGCAGCGAAUGCUGAUGGCUUUGGUGGGUGAUAGUGCCCUUUUCAACACCAGGGAAGGGCGUGCUGGAAAAGUGCACAACUUCAUGCUGGGAUUGAACCUCAACAGCUGCUACCCACUCUCUCCUCUGGCAGACCUUCUAACUCAGGAAUCUGUGGAAGAAGAUGAACUAGAUGCAGCCGUAGCAGAUCCCGAUGAGUUUGAGAGGAUAUAUGAACCACUAGAUGUGAAGAGCAAAAAGAUUCAUAUCGUGGACAGCGGGCUUACAUUUAACCUGCCGUAUCCACUUAUCUUAAGACCUCAAAGAGGGGUUGAUCUCAUCAUCUCUUUUGAUUUUUCAGCAAGACCAAGUGAUUCCAGCCCUCCCUUCAAAGAAAUUUUGCUUGCUGAAAAAUGGGCCAAAAUGAACAAGCUUCCUUUUCCAAAAAUAGAUCCAAAUGUAUUUGAUCGAGAGGGCUUGAAGGAGUGCUAUGUUUUUAAACCAAAGGAUACCUCUUCAGAGAAAGACUGCCCUACUAUAAUCCAUUUUGUUUUGGCAAACAUCAACUUCCGGAAGUAUAAAGCUCCAGGUGUUCCAAGAGAGACACCAGAAGAGAAGGAUUUUGCAGACUUUGACAUUUUUGAUGAUCCAAAUACACCAUUCUCUACUUUCAACUUCCAGUAUCCCAACGUUGCUUUCAAGAGGCUUCAUGAUCUAAUGGAGUUCAACACCCUCAAUAAUAUAGAUGUGAUCAAGCAGGCUAUGAUGGAAAGCAUUGAAUACAGAAAGGAGAAUCCGUCUCGCUGUUCUGUGUCACUUAGCAGUGUCGAAGCAAGGAGAUUCUUUAAUAAGAACAAUCUUAAUAACAAUCAUACGUAGAAGAUGUGUCACAGGUCCUAUUCCUUCAAGAAGCUGAUUCUAUCUUUAUAACUGGAGUUGUAAAGACAUUUAAGAGCAUCACUACUCUUGAAAAGGGCUGUGCAAAGGUCCUGAAAACCUUUUCUUGUGAAUCUUCAAUAUUAUUUUGUAUUUCUUUUUUUUUAAAAACAUUGAAAACAUUUCAGUAUAUUGAUAUCCUUAGUUUAAAAACUGUGUAAUUAGGUUAUUUUGGCUAUAAAGUCACUGACUUCAGUGUCUUUUUUUUUUUUCUUCUUUUUUCUUACAAAAUUGUAAACACUGGUUUCUUUUAGUGGGACAAUUGUCUUAUAUUUAAUUGAUGUAAACUGGGCAUAUCUUGAAAUGUAACACAGAAUGAAACACAAUAGAAUAAAUCUUUAAUAGCAGAGAUGAUAUAGGUGUAUACCUGGCCUCAGGCCCAGAUUCCUCUCUGCUUUACAUGAAUGAGAAGAUUGUCUUCAAAUUUAGUUUGAAAAAUUGAUAAAAGCUGACUAUUACUGCUAGUCAGUAGCAGCUACCUUGUAUAUUAAGUUGCUUGUCUGCUUACGAGCACUGUUGCUUGCUUGCUACACUAUUGAUUUCGUAGACUGGAAGGUGUUUUGCUUGCCAGUAACUGUUGGCUAUGUUGGCCCAACCAAAACUCCAUCAUCAAGCUUGUGUUUCACCUUUUAAUUUUCUUCUGUGAGUGGUGGCUCUUAAACAACACUUUGUAACAAAUGGCUGUCAAAGAAAUGGGCUCUGUACAUCUUUGAUAUGAUCAGUAGGAUCCUCAGCUGGUUGUUAAUGUGAGGAAAGCUGUUGUUGUUGAUACUAAGAAGGAUCUGGUCUUGAAUCUCAGAAUCACACAUAUUUUCACAAAAAUUGAAGUCCACUGUACCGUUGUUUAAGAAUAUAUACAUCCACUCAGCAAAAAAUCCAGCCUCUUGCAUUUUCUGUUUCUCUUUUGUUCCACGAAAUUACAUUGCUUGAGUUUUAGCUAGUAGCACCUGUGUGUUAAGUGGUUAAGUUCACAUAUUUCUGCCCCAAAUGUUUCCAGGUAAAUUAAACAUGAUUUUGCAUUUGAUUAUGAUUAAAAGCAAUACAUUUCUGCAAAGGGACAGUGGCAAUAUUUACAGUGGAUAAAUAAAUUGUUCCCGUGUAAGAAUGUGAAGUAGUUCAUCUGUUAAGGGCUAUAUUUAAAGUUAUUUUUAGUACUUUGAAUAGCAAAAGACUGCAAAUAAACAUAGAUUAUUUUAGUACCAUCUGAAAACAUGAUUAAAAUCUUCAUAUUAGAUAACUGUGCAAAUGCAUAGGAAAGGGUAGUCACACCUCCAAACACUUCCAGCCUCCUUUGGAAUAAUGUCAUCAGCAAGCGUGAAACAAACUAAAGGAACUGACAGGGCCACCAGGUGACACACAUCAGCACUGCCUGCAUACCAGAUCUGAGAGCUGCAAAGUUUAGGACGCUUGGUCUGAUGGGUUUCACUUAAAACAGAAACAACCAAACAACCAAAAACCCCUAUGGGAUUAACUCUCAGUGGGUGCACCUGGUAGUCCCAGCAAUUUUUUGCUACCUGCUUUCUUGUGGGGUUUGGAGAAGGUGGCAGGGGCUGAGCAGUUUGGUUGAAGGUGAGUUUAACUGUCUGGGAGAGUUAAUGGACAUGUGAAGGUACUUGUAGAGGUGAGAAGGUGGCCCUGUGUGCUGCUUGGCCAGAAGCAGGUUGAGAACAGCACUCCUUUCUCUAGGAAUUGCAUUGUGGUGAAAACAGAAGGUGUAGGUGGGAUUGUUCACAGUAGCGCAGUCAGAUGGUAUGGGUGUUUCUUUGCAAGAACUGUAAAUGAAAUUUUGCUCUCUGUAUUUCAGUUGACAUUACUGGGGUUCAUAUUUAACUCCCUUACCUUUAUGAUAGGGCUUUCAGGAUUCUGGCAGGCACAGAGAUAAUUGUCACAAGGGUAUCAUUUUGUGUAAAGACUACCCAAAGCAUAUCUGAUCUUGUUUGAUAAUUUUGCGACAAAACAACUUUACUAUAACUGCUCCUUUAUCCAAGUUUAUUGCUAAUUCAGUGACUGUUCAUCUUAUUGUGAAUAAUUGAGCUAUUUUUAAUUGCUAAAAUCUGUAAGCCCAGAGGAAGGGAAGUAAUUGUAAUGCAUAAUAGAUGCUGCAUCAUCCCUCCUUAAAUCUACAUGCAAUGCUAGGUAAUUAAUUAAAUUUUCUGUAUUGAUUAAUAGGUUUUAUUUCUGUUUGAUGUAAUGCAUGUUUGAAAUCAAGAGAGAAAAUAAAAAUAACUUAUCUUAGUGCUGCAUAACUUAAACAUUUUUCAGUAAAUUUUGGAAUACAGGAAGAAACUGGUACUGCUAUUGUAAUAUUUUCUUUAUAUUUUCCCCUUUUUGUUAAUGAGGUAAUGUUUGUAUUUUGUAAGAUGCACCUUCUCUGUUUUAUAGAAGUUUUAUCAUACUUUACACAGUUUAUAAUAUUACAGUGUUAUCAAACAAUAAAAAAAAUAUAUUUGGCACCUAC